AUGGUGUCGGUAUGGGAUUUUUUUGUCUUUUCUGUGCAUUCAGAUUGUCGACACAGGCGCUCAGCCUGGUUCUACGCGGCCCUGGCCCUGGGAGUCCUUGUGCUCGUCCUGCUAGGCAUCAUAGCUGUACUAGCCAAGCAAUUUUUGAAGGACAGAGCAGGAAAAUCAGAAAGUUUGCCUCACUAUCUAAAUAACACCGGCAAUCAUAUUUCUUCAGAGAAGACGGUCUUGGCUGUGCCCCUGAAAUGGCUCGUGGAGGAACUGUGUGAAGACGGACGGCGUGAGGAAAGAAUAUGUGAGCUGUGUCCUCCUGGGUGGCAACUACACAGGAGCAGAUGUUACUACUUCUCUGAGGACGCUGUAAGCUGGCAUGACAGCGAGAGAAACUGUCUGGCCAGGAAAUCCCAGCUUCUUGACAUUGAAGAUGAAAUUGAGAUGGAAUUUAUAGACAAUAAAGAGAAAGAUACCAAAUAUAUCUGGAUUGGGACAAAGAUUGAAGACAUAAAGAUACAAUGGACUUCAGCUGAAGAUCCUGGAGUAAAAGAAAACAG